CUCUGCACUUGUCAAGUUUGACAAUUGACAGUUCCAACACGUCACGAUCUGUAAGAACAAAGCCCCAGAAAACCCAGAAAACCAGUUUCAUCGGUCAUUUGCAGUCAUUUCGUCGCUUGAUUAGUGGAAUGUGAAUCGUUGUUGUAGGUUAGGACCCCACGAAAAUGGCCCCAAAACACACUACGAACCUUUUGAAGCAGCUGCGCGCUCUCAUGCAAAACCCCCAAUAUGUGACUGAAACUAUAAGCGCUUACAUAGUCCCUUCGAACGAUGCCCAUAACAGUGAAUACCUGGCUGACUGUGACAUGUUCAGAGCCUUCAUUUCAGGCUUCACAGGUUCAGCUGGGACUGCUAUUGUGACUGAAAAGGACGCUCUUUUGUGGACAGAUGGGCGCUACUUUUUACAAGCGUCUGAGCAAAUGGAUUCCAAUUGGACUCUGAUGAAGGAAGGAGUUCCUUCAACCCCUACUCAAGGAGGCUGGUUGAGCAAAAAUCUUCCCUCUGGGUCACGCGUGGGGGUUGACCCUAGCAUCUACACGUACAACAUGUGGAUGCCUUUGCAAACCCAGCUGGAAGCAGCUGGGUGUAAACUCAUUCCAGUCAAUCAAAAUCUGGUUGACAUUCUAUGGAAUGACAGACCUGCAAGACCCACCAAUCCUGUAAACCCGCUGGGUUUGGAGUUUACCGGGAAAACAGUCAAGGAGAAGCUUUUGUCUGUAAGAGCGCAAAUGAAAGACAAGAAGGCGCAAUUUUUGGUGCUAACCGCUCUGGAUGAAAUCGCCUGGAUGUUGAACCUGAGGGGCUCCGAUAUCGCCUACAACCCCGUAUUUUUUUCAUACGUAGUCAUCCACGAGGACUCGUUUACGGUUUUCCUGAACCCCAAGCAAAGCAGCGACGAAGUUAAACAACACCUAACCAAAGAAGCGGGGGAGAAGUACGAGAUUAAGCCCUACGACGAAAUCGUGGCUUAUUUAAAACAGCACAGUUUGAAAAUCGAGGGUUUCGCUUGGUUUUCCGAAAACGCGAGCUACGCUUUAACUAGUCUCAUCCCUGCUAAGUCCCUACUGGCUGAAAUCACCCCAGUCCCUCUGAUGAAAGCGGUGAAAAACCCCACUGAAAUCAACGGUAUGAGGAACUCCCACUUGAAAGAUGGCGCUGCUUUGUGUUGCUACUUCUCCUGGUUGGAAAAACACGUCAAAGAUGGCAACAUUACAGAAAUCUCGGGGGCGAAAAAACUGGACGAGUUCCGGGCUCAGCAGGCCGAUUUUGUGGGGGCGAGCUUCCCGACUAUUAGUUCGGUGGGGCCCCAUGGUGCCAUAAUCCACUACCAGCCGCAACCGUCGACUGACGUCCCCAUAACUACUGACACGUUGUACCUUUGCGACUCUGGUGGUCAGUAUAAAGAUGGUACCACUGACGUCACGCGUACUUUCCAUUUUGGUACCCCCACACAGUACGAAAAAGAGUGCUUUACGAGGGUCCUCAAAGGCCAGAUUAAACUGGCGACGUCGAUUUUCCCGUCGAAAAUCAAGGGGAAUUGUCUGGACUCCUUCGCCAGAGAGUUCCUGUGGGAAGUCGGGCUGGACUACGCACACGGGACUGGCCAUGGAAUAGGUUCGUAUUUGAACGUCCACGAGGGACCCAUGGGGAUUUCGUGGCGCCCCAUCGCCGACGAUCCCGGCCUGGAAGCCGGGAUGUUCGUGUCGAACGAACCCGGUUACUACGAGGACGGAAAAUUUGGGAUCCGUUUGGAGGACAUAGUUGAGAUAGUGGAGGCUAAGCCCCCUCAUAAUUUCAACGACAGAGGUUUUCUAACCUUUGAAACGAUCACGUUUGCUCCGAAACAAAGGAAACUUGUUUUGGUUGAUUUAUUGACUGAUAAGGAGCUGACUUAUCUUAAUGCGUACCACCAGCAGUGCAGGGAUUUGAUUGGUCCGAUUUUGGAGAAGCAAGGACACGCGGAGACCAAGGAGUGGCUGUGGCGAGAAACGGAACCAUUGGUGCGAAAAUGAACCAAUGCGUCUGUAGCUUUUGUAUUAUCAACCCAGUAUAAUAAAUAUUUUUAAACUG